GUGGCCCCGGCUAAUUCAUUGGGACGCCGUCACGUCAGGUCCGGAUUACACUGCCAAGCUUGAAGCGAUUUUUAUAAUUCAGCAUAACAUGGGACAUGGUGGGAGUCAUAGUCUGGGGAUUCCUUCUGGGAAAGGGCCACAUCUUGUUGGAUGUAUAGAUAUCAUGACUGAUCACACAAUUCAGGGAAGUUUCUUGCGCCUGUACUACCCAUGUGUUCAUCGUGAAAAGCAUCAACAGCCACUGUGGAUUCCCAGACACGAAUAUUACAAUGGACUUGCUGAUUUUCUUAAAUACAGCAGAACAAUUACGGAUUAUAUUUUAAAGCAUUUGUAUGGGUCAUACAGUGUUCCUGUUGAAUGGGAUGCCCCAUUUAAAUCAGAUGGAAAAUAUCCCCUGGUAAUCUUCUCCCAUGGCCUUGGAGCUUUCAGGACUGUUUAUUCGGCUAUAUGCAUUGAAAUAGCUUCUAGGGGAUUUGUCGUUGCUGCUGUGGAACACAGGGAUAGAUCAGCAUCAGCAACCUACUACUUUGAAGAGAAAACCAGAACAAACUCUGAAGGAGAGCAACUAAGCAUACCCACCAUUUCAACGUUGACGUUGGAUCAGUUGGAGGAGAAGUGGCUUUACUAUAAGCCGUACAAACGCGGGGAAAAAGAAUUCCCAUUUCGAAAUCACCAGGUGCAUCAGCGAGGAGAAGAAUGUACCAGGGCCUUAAAUCUGCUUACUAAUAUAAACAAGGGAAUAAUGGUGCAGAAUGUAUUUCCAUUAGACUUUGAUUUCUCCAAAAUGAAGGAUUGUCUUGAUCUGUGUAAAGUAGCUAUUAUGGGCCAUUCAUUUGGUGGUGCCACAGUUCUUGAUUCACUUAGCAAAGAGCUUCGAUUUAGUUGUGGAGUGGCAUUAGAUGCAUGGAUGUUCCCACUGGAAGAUGACAUACAUACAAGGAUACAGAAGCCAAUAUUAUUCAUCAACUCAGAAAAAUUCCAGUGGCUUACAAAUAUUCUGAAAAUUAAACAACUUGAUUCAACCACAAUACAACGAAAGAUGAUAACAAUAAUGGGAACAGUUCACCAGAGUUUCCCUGAUUUUACAUUUUUGACUGGCCAUUUCAUUGGAAGGAUGUUUGGGCUGAAAGGAACAAUAGAUCCCCAUAUAGCAAUUGAUAUUAGCAACAAAGCUUCUUUAGCAUUUAUGCAAAGGCACUUGGGUCUUCAGCAAGAUUUUGAUCAGUGGGACGCUCUUAUUGAUGGAAAAGGAGAACAUAUUAUUCCUGGCACAAAUAUUCCUCUGCCUCCAUCAAAUUCUCAAUCUACACAAUGACUAUGCCGCCUUUGAAUAUACCCCAGAAAAAUGUGUGCACAGAUUUACCUGUAGUAAAUAGUGUGCACAAUAUAGCCCUUUUUAAUAUCAUCAGCCAUACAAAACUCAUUACCUCCAUAAUUUUGUUUCCUUUUGUUGCUUGUAGACCCAUGUUUCACAAACAUUACAAUAUUCAGGUUACUGUCUAAUUAUUCUAGUAUUAAGACAGUGGGAUGCAAGUGUGAGGUAUAUAAAUGUUUAUAUAUUUUAACCGAUGUUUCAUAUACUAAAUUGCCACAGCUUUUAAAGUGGUGAAUUAAUAUAUUAAGUAUUUUAAUAUUGAACCCAAUUGUUUAAAUCUUCAGUACAUUUUUUACUAGCCACGCUGUUUUGAAGCUGUAAAUUAAUUCUUUGACUGAUUACAAUAAUUCUCAAAACCAAAAGUGUAAAUUAGAUUUCUGGAGGGUGAUUAUGAAGUUUUUCUCUGCACUGUUAGCUAAAUUUUUAAAUUCCAUCCGGAGAAAGAAAUAAGAUCAAAAUGUUGCUGAAGAUCUGGUAAUAAAGUUUGUUCAGAUUAAUCCA